UAAUUGCAGUCUGUGGUUUGAAACAAAGAUUCCGAAAUUAUUAGUCGCUACUGCGUAUUUAUCGGAAGAAAAAAAUAACUUCGUUUUUAGUAAAAUUAAUCAAUUUUCAAGAGUGAAACAAAUAUUUUUGAACCGUUUGCCCCUUGCUCGAGACUCGGGGGCGAAUAAAUACGUGACUAACCUAGCAACGUGACAGCAAUCAACGAUCAGUCAGAUUUAUAGUUUGAAAUAAAUAUGUCGGCGUGCUAGAAGAUCGAGUGUGCAAUCUGCUACGUCGCGGUUGGUCGUAAUGUGCGCGAGUCUGUCCUGUACAAAAAAUCCUUUAUUAGUAAUCACAAAUUAGUUUAUAUUUUUAUCAAAUAGACUCCUUUUCAAAUUGUUAUUAUGUCACACAUAAACAUUAAAGCCGAGUACAUAGUGGGUGGCAAAUAUCGUUUAGUUCGUAAAAUCGGUAGUGGUUCGUUUGGUCACAUCUACUUAGGAAUAAAUAUCACAAAUGGGGAGGAAGUGGCGGUUAAAAUGGAGUUGGUGAGAGCGAGGCACCCACAGCUUCUCUACGAGAGCAAGUUAUAUAAAUUCCUUCAGGGAGGAGUCGGAAUACCACAUAUCAGAUACUUCGGACAGGAAAGGGAACACAACGUCCUCGUUAUGGAUCUGCUGGGCCCUUCGCUCGAGGAUCUCUUUAACUUUUGCUCGCGACGUUUCACAAUCAAAACCGUACUGAUGCUGGCCGACCAGAUGAUCUGCCGCAUAGAGUUCGUUCACACCAAGUCGUUCAUACACCGCGAUAUUAAACCGGACAAUUUUUUAAUGGGCAUCGGUCGCCACUGCAACAAAGUGUUUCUAAUCGACUUCGGAUUGGCGAAAAAGUUCCGGGAUCUGCGCAACCGCCAGCACAUUAUGUACAGGGAAGACAAAAAUCUUACCGGCACCGCCAGAUACGCUUCGAUAAACGCGCACCUGGGCAUCGAGCAGUCGCGCCGCGACGACAUGGAGUCCCUCGGCUACGUCAUGAUGUACUUCAACCGGGGCUGUCUGCCAUGGCAGGGCCUCAAGGCAGCCACGAAGAAACAAAAAUACGAGAAAAUCAGCGAGAAGAAGAUGUCCACCCCGGUCGAGGUUCUCUGUAAAGGAUAUCCGGCCGAGUUCUCGAUGUACCUGAACUACUGCCGCGGCCUACGCUUCGACGAGCCACCCGAUUACAUGUACCUACGGCAGCUGUUCCGUAUCCUGUUCCGCACCCUCAGCCAUCGGUACGACUGGACGUUCGACUGGACACUACUGAAACAAAAGUCGGGGGAGGCGGGGGCGGCCGCGGUGACGGGCGCCGGUACGCCGCAGCAACCGCAGACGUCGCAGACGAUAGCCCAACUGCCAGCGGGCAGCAACAAAAAAGACGAGGACAGAAAACAACCAGAGUUAUCUUAAAAGCGAAUCGUUAGUGCAUCGCCAAGCCGCAGAGGGCGCCACCUCGAUCCGUCACAACGUCUUCAUCACGGGGCGACACAGCGGCGGCGCCGGGACAACGUCAUGUGGGCAGAGAGAGCCAAUCUCGUUUCUUUUGUAUUUAUGUCGCGUAUAUAAAAAUUGAAAUAAAAAUGGAGAAAAAAAAUAAUUAUAUGCGAGCGAACGGGCCGCGAAUUACUUUCGCGCUCGGGGUGGUCUUGAACUUAGGUCCCCGCCCCUCUCCCCGUUUCGUAAUUGUUUCGGUAAAGUAAUUUAAGUUUGCAGGGUGUUUCAAAUUCGGCGGGAAAUCGAAUUUAUUUUUGGUACUUCUGUAUUGGUAAAACUUCCGGUUUGUUUUUUGGGGUUCUCUCGUCGCUUGGUACUUGUCGCGCGCCAUCUGUCGUCGAAGUCAAAAAAACACGGCGUUUCGUUUUUCUUAAACGGCCAUCGGUUUUGAUAAUUUCCGUUUAUUAAGCAAUUAAAAAUUGUUUUUUUUUUUGGCUCGAAAAAUUUCGACAAAACUUGGUUUUCCAGAUUUUUUACUUAAAUUUAAAAUAUACCGGUAAAAAAAACAAACGCAGUGUCUCCCAUUUUCUAUUUUUUUAGAUACAGGGUCAUUUUGAAAAUUCUGCAUUCUUAGUUUGGUUUGAUGUUUUUAUUCUGAAACUCUACAAAUUCUGAUAUACAAGCUUGAAAUAAAAAAAAAGUGUUAUUGAGAUGCAAGUCGUCAUUUUUCUCCCACAAGUUUUGAUUUGUCAUUUUUAAUUCACAAGUAUAAGAUACUGAAAACAGUGUUCUACUACAAAUAUUGAGUUUUUUUUAUAAAAUUGUUGGAGAUUCAUUGAAAAAGUCUUACUUAUUUUAAGCUUUUUUUAUGUCUUCGAAUAAUUUUAUUAGGCUUGUUAGGAGCUUUUCAAUAAUAUAUAACAGAUUUUUUUUUAAUGAAUAGGGCAAGGAAAAAAGGUACAACAGUCGCGACGUUUCGUAAUUUCUGUCUCCUCUUUGGUAAUGGCUCAUAUCAACCCAAAUUAUGACAAUGAUAAAAAAAAUGAAGAUAAAAGAUCUCAAUUUUCCAUGGCCUACUCGUUAAAAAAAAUGCUUUUGUUUAUAUAUUUUUGAAAAGUUAAUAACAAAUCUAAUGAAACAAUUAAAAGACAUUCAUAAAAUUUGUGCAGACUUUUCAAAAUCACCUCGUAUCUAAAUGUCGUAGCUUUGAAAUUUCCGUUUGUGGCGCUUUUCGUUUCAUCAAUAAAGCAACCUUGUGUCAGUGUGUAAGAUACGCCGUAAAAUCAUAAAAAAUGAGACAUAUUGCGAGCAAAUAAGCGAGGUAAGCGGCUGUACCUUCGAGACUACGAGUUUUAAAUAUCUAUAGUAACAAAAGUUGCAACUAGUGCUCAAAAGAAAGUACAGGAAAUAAUUUUCCAAGUUCGUUCGUAUCGAUACCGCUAGGGGGCGUGAUAGAUAUUGUCGUGUAUUUUAUUAUUGUAAGUUGAGAAAACAAUGUCACCGUUUUAAAAAUCCUUUUGAACUCAUUUGAACAAAUUAGGUCUCGUUGGAGAGAGAAAACACUAAUAAAAAAUAUUGUUUUCACCCUUCCGCUAGAGGGCGCCAAUAUAAAAAAUUAUAGUUUUUUUUCUAAUAACGUUUAACAGAAAUUUCGAAUACCGCAACAGAUCUACUUUUUAUGAUAAUGCAUAAAAGGUAAUGAAUGUUUUAUUAUGACAAAUCACAAUUUAAGGCACCGAACUAGAAUUAAACAUCUUAAUUUCAUGCAUUAUGUGCUCAAAUUGUCAAACGUCAAAUUUCGCACAUUGCGCCAGUCCUUGUCGGAUGACGAAAAUUGUUGAACGCUUGAAACGGUUUGAACAUAUUUUAUUGCAAAUCUUAUUUACUUUGUGUGUUUAAAAUUUUGAGGAAUUAUUUAAAAAACUAUAAUUUUUGGCGACCUCUAGCGGGACCAAUGAGAAACCCAGCUGUCAAUCUUAAUAAGCAAGGUUUCAAACGAGACCUAAUUUUCUUAAAUAUGUUGGAUUAAACUUAAUUUCAAUCAGUCAAACCUUAUUAUACCCUACAAUUAAAGCAAUGCAGAACUUUAUACGGAUUCUUGUUAUCAAGUUGUAAUAAAAGAUUAUUUAGUACUGUUACCGCAUAUCUCUAUAAUUUGUCGUUUCGGAAUUACAGUCUCUUGUAUUGCUUAUUCGUCCAGUCUGUACUUCAAUGUUUUAACGGAAUAUCGUUGAGUGUUAUGGAGCCCGAUUUGAAGUACCUGCAUUGCAUCCCAUCCCCGUCAUAUAUCAGGACCACCUCACAAAUCCAGUGACAAAUGUAUAAAUUUAAAAAAAUCGUCGACGGAGGAGGGUGGUGAUGGCCCCGCCCCCCUACAAACGGCGCGACGCCCCGUCCCCUCCCCCGUCGGACGCGUAACAAUUAAGUGAUGUGCGCGCGAGGGAGUGGUGCGAGAGAGCAUGCAAGUCUGGCUGUACUAAUUAAAGUAUUUUUAAGGGUUAGAUUUAACGUAAGACGUAUUGUGUAAAACGCGUGAUAUUUCGUUCCGAGGGGCGGGGGAAGAAGAAGAAGAAAAGUCGGUCGGUUCCUGGCGCGUUUUUUUUUCAGAUUGUGAAUUUGCUCGGUUAUGACGGGUGGGGGGCAGCGUCUGCCCCACCCCGCAUAUUCCGACAGCAGGAAUUUGUAAUCUGUGAUAAGUGCGGAGCUUAGGUUUACGAAAACGUGGCGUUGUGAAGUUGAACGGGACUCGAUAUGCUUUAAAGAGGUGGGGCAGGGGUGCUUUAAUUUUUUUUAAGAAUUCCACACGCCUAAUUCUCACCGUCUCGAGUAGGGUGGGUUCGUGUCGCCCGUCAACGAAGCCGGUAGUUCAAACGUACCGGUCGCUAUAGUUUCGAUCGGCAGGGCGGGAAAACCGUAUGGGGAACCAAAAAUCGGACAAUAACAGCCGUCGAAACCAAACCAAAAAAAAAUACACCGAGAAAGCAACAAAAACAUAUAUUUUGUUUUAGUUCGUCGACAAUUGCUUGGCGUUUUCAUUUAUACUUUGACAGCCAGAUAUCAGAUAUAGCCGACAUUUUUUAAAUUAAUUAUAAAUUAAAUAUAAAAUGCGUCGCAGUUAAUGAACGGGACACCCCGUAUAUUUUGGAUAAAGGACUAUCUCGAUGUUGCUGUUGUUAAUUGGUUCAGUCAUUUUUAUCUUGGAAAACCAGAUCUUGGGCAUCGUUUUUUCCAUUACCGCUAAUUGUCGAAUAUAAUUCGGUUUCUUUUUUUGUUUUCCAGUAUUUGGUUCAGCCAUUUUUGCUUUGGAAAAGACGAUUUAAAGUAUCGUUUUAACUUCAGGUCAUUUUUUCUUGAACUUGUUACUGAUCUUCAAAAUAAUUUAGUUUCUUUUUUUUUCGAUCAAUAUAUUUAAAUAUUCGUAGCUAUACAAUUAAAACGUGGAAAUACCAAAAUUACAUGUUUGAGAUAAUAAUGUUAAUAAAUCAUAAAGUGGCACUUCUUUGACAUUUCCACUAUUCAAUUAUCCAAACUUUUACUGGCAUUUUUCAUUAAUUUUUGAAUUGAAAAACAAGACGUUAAGCAAAUUUCAUCCAAUAUCAAUUCAAAAUAAUGAAAAAAAAAGACAAAUUUUCAGCAUAACAUCUUUUUUUUUCUUUAGCUAAAUUUGCCAGGAUUAUCCAGAUAUUUACCCGUAUUUGGUUAAUUCAUUUUUGCUGUGGAAUACAAUAUGUUAAUUUGGUUCAUCCUUUUCUACCUCGGAAAACAAUAUAUUACGUAUACUUGUUCCAAUUUCAAUUCACAAUAAUGAAAAAAAAAUGUUGCCGUGGGAAACUAUAUUAAGUAUAGUUGUUUGAAUAAUAAUUCCAAACAAAAAACAAAUCUCCAAAUUUAACCGCAAUGUUUUCUAGAAAUUUACCGGCAUUUGUUUGAGCCAUGUUUGCCUUAGAAAGCAAGUAUAAUAUAUUCAAUGUUAAUAAUAAAUUUCCAACAUAACACUAAAUGUAAUUUAACCAUGUCAAGGUGUUGUCAAAACGUUUAAACUAAUAAAAUUUUACAAUUUCCUUUAUAUUCAAAAAUUAAUCUUUUUUCAACACACACACAGAUUUUUGAAAUCGAAGUGACAAAUUAAAUAUGAUGGCAUGGCAGCAUACAUCAUCAUUUACGGAUGUAUAUAACAUACAUCACAAGAAGAGUCACCCUUCAGUCAAAUCAUUCUUGUUUGUCGUUUACGCAUUCAGAGUGCCAUGAAGUUCUUAGGAAAGCGUCGUUGAGAUAGAGGUUAGAGUGUCCUUUUUUGCCUUGUUGACGUUCGGUGGGUCGGCUAAACUUUCGAAGUUUUGAAUAACUAUAAUUACAGUGUACGGUACAGUACUACUAUCGCUUUCUUUCCCCCAUAGCUGAGAAUUAAAUUCAAUUCAACCUGCCAACUGCAGAUUGACGAGGUGACAAAUUAUAUUCCAGUAAAAAUAUACAGGGCGGUCCGUUAAAAAAUCGUAGAAAAAAUCAGACGUCUUCUAAUAACUGGGGUCAAAAUAUGAAUGAGAACUUCCCUCGUUGCGUCUGGAAAAAUACCGAUCGUAUGAUUACUUUUUAUAAAUUCAGCUUUGCGAGGUGCCCAGACCAGUUUCGUUUGUUUUUCGAUACCGCCAUCAGAUACGUCGAAUCUGUUUCAUUUAUAAUUAUCGUUAUCGUUUCCUCAAAGGUCCGUAACGUUUAAACUUAAAAUAGUAAUAAUGUGUGUAUUUACUACAUAACGCCAAUACUUUAGGUUUCGGCUAGGUUUCAUAUCUGUCUUUAAUUUCGCAAGAGAUUGAAUUUUUCUCAAUUUAUUCUGCGCGCUGCAAAGUAGCCGUCUUAUUUUUAAGUAUCAAAAUAUAAGCGUUUGCGAUGGAACUGUUAAGGUAUUUGCGAAAAUAAAAGAUUCAUGAACUAUUCGUAGUUUCAGUGGCGUCCUCCCGCACUCGGGGCAAAACAGCGGGUGAAAAUAAAACGGUGUAUUAAAAAAAAGCCAAUAUAUGUAUAUAUUUCAAUAUCGUUAAACAAGCUAGAAAAUUAUAAAUUGUUUGGUACAUGGUAUACGUAUUUGUUAUACAAAAACUACGGGUCUGGGUAAGCAUGGUGGAAAUUUUUGAAAAGCGACGGGGUGAAAUUCCCCUACGAUUAAGCCGUUUUUAUUAAGCCUUCUAUUAUUGGCUGGUGAAGAAAUCCACGAUUUCAUUUCGGCAGUGAAAUAUAACACUAAAAAAGAUGGAGAAAUUUUAACAAGUCGACAAUUCCGCCCGUUCGUUUUUAAAACUAUUUCCGCUGUUACCUUAAAUUAAAUAUGAUGAGAUCUUUAGCCGCGUGACAGCAUACAUAAUCAUUGACGUAUAUGUAUAACGCACCCGACAAGAAGAGUCACUGGUAAUUCCAACGAGUGCCACCAAGUGCUUAAGGAAGAACAGUGAAAAAGAAAGGCGCUUAGAGUGCCCCUUGUUAUCUUGUUAACGUCGGAUGGCUUGGCUAAACUUUCGAUAACUUUAAUUACGGUGCGAACGCGCAUUGCUUGUGCCACAAUCUCUCUCUUUCUCUCUCCACUCACUCGCUCUUUCUCAUGGCUGCGAAUUAAACACAACUUUUUAAUUCGGGAAUCAAUUCACGGUGCUACUGCAACUAAGUCGUCAAUAAUACAGUAGAUUCUUAGGUAAAAUAGAAAUUUUUACACAUUUUACGGCAAUUUUUGGUAUCGAGCAGCCUUUACAAGAUAUGCGAUCGGACAUCGAGAAGUGAUGCUCGUGGCGGUGUGUAGCCAAAAUACGGGACGAUAAAUGCAAACGCUUUCCGGGAGAUGAAAAAAAAUAAACACAACACAAUGUCGCCAAACUUGCUUAAAAGUCGGUGAAAAAGAAGAGAAAACAAAUGUCCAUUACGAGUCUAGUGAAAUGCCAACAUUUCACCAAGAACACAUAAAACCAAAUGGUAUUCGUGCGUCGCUAAAUAGUCUGAGAAAAGAAAUGACUAGAUUGUUGUCGUUUAAGUGGUGCCGAAAAAAAAUCUCAGAAGUACGAAACAGUCAAAUAAAACGUACGAUCCAGUGCCCGAGCUAAUAAUAAUUAAUCACCUAUAUUCGUCGUUUACGAUAUGGCCAAAAACAAGCCUAUACGAGGUCGCAACAAAAUGCACUGGCCCUGGUUAAGUCGCCGACAAAAAUCACAUUUUUCAAUUUUGGUUGUUGUUUAAAAUAAACCAUCACCAACCAACAUUUUUCAGGUCUUAGGGUAACGGAUAUUUAUAAGGGGUUUUAUAAGUAAUCAUACAUUCUAUAGCAGUUCAGUUUAAUUCCAAACUAAUGCUAAAUAUUUCAAGAACAAAAAUGUAAACAACUGAAAAGUGAGGUUACGAUUGCAUAAAUGACAUUUGCGCAUUAAUGGUGUUUAAUUGGUUUUCCAAUUACUUUAAGUUUUAUAGUGGUUACGAAAGUUUUAUAUAUACUUUUUUGGGAACUUAUAAAACUUUUAAGUAUUUGCAUAAAUAAGUGUUUAAUAUUACUUGGAAUUUUAUCAAUUUGACAUGAAAAUUUGUAUAAAAAAUGAUAUCGCAUCAUAAGCAAUAUUACUGAAGUUUGAAGACAUAAUUCCUAAUGGCAAAAAAAAAAAACGUUACGUAAGACGUAAUUUUAACUAUAAAGUUUUUACCAAAAUGAGGUUUUAUAGUGCGCAAAACGGGCGCGCUUCAGUUUGAAAAAGACUAAAAUGUGAUAUUAUUUGGGUUGUUCCACUUAUUAUGACAUCGUAAAAAUGUUCAUAAACCCUGUAGGUAGGUAAAGAAAAUGAUAUUCAAUGCUUUUUAACUAGAAAUAAAUAGGAAGUAAAACUCUUAUCUGGGGCUAUAAUUUGGUCACCGUUUCCUUUAUAUGAUUCUCAAGUUAAAUGCAAUAAGGGUUGAUCGGUUCUCAGGUUUUACAAUAUAGAUAAUGGAAAGACAACCAAUACCAUUAUAAAACAAAAAAUGCUGGUUGGGACUAAUAUUAAAUGAAAUUUUUAUAAAAAUGCGCUUAAUUACUUUUUUCCCGCAAAAAACGAAAAAAGGGCGAAACUAACUAACUAAAUUUGGCAGAAUAAUAAUAGCAAUCGCGCCAAAUAGUAGUUAAUUGAUACAGGAAAUAUUGGCGACCUAAUUAGACCCAGCGCGCGGCCACAACCAAAUCUAAUAUAAAAAAUCUAUAAAAAAUCAAUAAAAACCGAUCAAAAUUAAUAAUAAUAAUAUUUCUUAAACAGUCAACCGAUAAUAUAAUAAAUAUUUCGUUAAUAGCAAAAAAGAUCACUCUAUUAUAUACGGGGCGGCUACACGAAACGGCGGUUCGAUGACGUCAACUCACGGCAGGGAUUUUGAUCAAAACUGAAUAUCACCAAACAGGUCUAUAGUUCCCUUACCUUCUCAAGCCUUUUUUUUCAUAAAUGCAAAGAUUAAAAAAUAGACUGAAACAAAAUUCCGAGGUUAGAAACGCAUCUCUAAGGGCCGAUUUGAUGAGAAUAAACCAACAAAUAAUAUCAAAGUUUUUUUUAGCUAACCUUCCCAUAAUCAACAAUAUGGCCAAAGUUUGGUUAUGUAUCUCACUUAUUCUUCGUGUUUUCUUCGAUUCACGGAGGUUACAAAAAAUAAGGUUUGAUAUUAAAAUAUUAUAGAAGUUAUAAGGUGUACUUGAAUUAUAUGUUGUAGAUCAUUAUUUGAAAUUCACGUUAAUCAAACGAAGGCACCGAAAAACAUUUUUUUGAGCACUGUCGAACAAAGUCUGGUUGAUUUGUGUCGGUGAUUUUCUUAUAAGCUGCUAAUGUAAGUGGAAAAGAAUUAAUUUCAGUUUGUUUAGGAGAAAAAACCAACAGUACCCCAAAACACCAAAAUAAUAUAAAUAAAAUAUUGCGAUUUUUUGGGAUAAAGGGCAUUUUUCUCAACUUUUUCGCAUGUGCUUUAAUUCAAAAAAUAUAUAUCGAAAUAAGUUCUGCCUGUAUCUGUCCCCAAUGACAAGGCUGAUAGCCAUUAAGAGUAAGUAAAUAAUGUGUAAAACGUACGAUAGAGGGCGCGACAACUAACACCCAGUAGAAAAAUAGUUUUUUUGUAAAUAAAUAAAUAGUAACAUACUUUUCAUUAAAAAAACACUCCUCUUGAGUUUUUCGCAGCCGAAUGUGUGUAAUAAAUGAUUUUGAAAGUUAAUUUUCGUGUAGAUUAAUCCUUUCUUUCCAGUAUUAGUUAAAAAUAAAAAUAUUCAGUUAUAUACAAAAAAAGGAAAACAAACCUUGUAUAUACUAAUAAGUUUUUUUUUUAAUGUCAACUAGGGUCUACCACUCAGCUUACUCUGUUGAUAUUAACAGUUGUGUCACAACUGACUUUUUUCGAGAAAAAAAGCAAUGCUCUUUUGAUAAAACAAAUAGAAACAAUUUCUUUUUUAACGUGAGUUAC